AUGGAGACGAUGGCUGGGAGGAGCCUGGCGUUGGCCGAGUUGAUGGCCGAGGGGCGGAUCCCGGAUGAUGGCACCAGUCUCAGUGCCCUCAACAACAACCACCAUCCGGAGAUGAGCUCAAUAUCGCUUGGGUUCUUGAAGUCGUUCUCGGCAGGGCCCGAAUCCGGUCAAAUUUCGCAUGCUUCGUCGCUCGAAAGCUUGGAUUCAAGUCCUGGAUCGUUGCUCAACCAUAUGGGAAGCCAGGAACCCGACGACGGAUCCACCUCAUGCUCCGAAGAUUCUUUCGAAAUGUCUUCAACCUGCUCUACGCGAGACACCCCUGGCCACUCACCGCAGCGAGAAGGAACUUCAUCUUCUUUCACUUCCGGCGGCAGCGAGUACAAGUUGGACCCCGAGUCUUCGGUGGCCCCAUCCCGAGAAGGUUCUUCCGGACGUGAUUCUGUGGUCGGAACGCUACCAUCAACUUCUUCACUCUUGUUACUACGAAGACCUCCCUCAACUUCCAUCAGCAUGGAUUCAUUUUUGUUGAAGGACCGGAUAACAAACCUCCGGGAAAGCGUCGACGAGCUGGACACGAAUAUGCCGACACUGGAUUUUGAUCGGCUCGAGAAACAGCUCCAAUCGGCCGCCAAGGAGCGCGAGGACUCGGAGAGGAGAUGGCUGGGUGAAGAGGUCCGAAAGCGGUUAGCGACCCAAAUCGACACCUACUCCAGCCCCUCACCCAUGUUGACGAAUCGGCACAAUCGGCCGAUAGGCAUGAGAUUGCAGACUGGGAUGAAUCUACAGGUCUGCUACAUCAACGAGUUAAGCGAGACGAGCGAAGCGGCUUCAAGCUCCGAAAGCGACGAGGAAUCCCGAAUGUCGAAAAGCCGAUCCGUUCCCUGCCUUAAGUCAAAAGCGAAGCGCGAAGACCCGAUCGUGAACGAGCUGCGGAGGCGGGCCGGAGAGGGGCAGAAAUUGGAUCCGGCCGAGCGACAGCGUCUUCUUAACGCUGAAACGAAUGUCGUACUGGCAAAAUCGAAAGAAGCCGGUGCAAAAACGUUAGAAGAUUAUAGGAGAACAAAGUCUCGGGCCUGCGAGAUCCCACGACAAAGUCGACAACUUCUGAGUAGGCUGUCAACUUCCGAAAUUCAAGAGAUCCUUGACAAGAUACAGAACGCAAUUGCGACGAAAAACCACCAACUCGUGUCGUUGCUGAUCGAGCGUGAUACUCUGCAUAUGGAGCACGACUCGUUGCUGGUUGAUAUUGAGGAUUUCCAGGAGCACGAAGCCGACGCGCCGGCCCUCGACUUCCAGAAGCUUCUCAAAUCUCAGGAAAACCUUGGCAAAGAGCCAAUAAUGCAAGAGCUACCGGAGAGGCGAUCCCAAAACGGGAAUGUCAUAUCGCCUCCCUCCCCGGCACCUCCAUCACGGCCGAAGUCACUACACACCCAAACUGACAACCGUCUAACCAGCUUUGGUUCAUUCGAAAACCUAUUCCUCAUCGAUCCACUUGAACAGAAAUCUCGAAUUUUACUAAAUGGUACGGAGAAAGUGGACGUGGCAUUCGUCGUGCUCGUCCGCGACCGGCACAACAUCACCGAGUACGAGUUUGCCCAAAUGACGGUCAAGUGCUAUGCGGAAUCGAGGGGAAUACCGUAUUUUCUGGUGGAUGAGACGCCGGAGAACCGGGAGGGAUGUGAAAUGGAGGAUCAAAUGUACCGUCGACAUUGUAUUUUGGCAAACGUAAUGGCCGCAACAAAUCAUAAAUGGUUCGUCAUGUUUGACGCCGACAUGGGUAUCAUAAACCCUCGACAAAAAAUCGAUCGCUUCAUCCCAAAAGAUGCCUCCACUUUUCUGGUCUUGACGAAUCGGGUGAUGAACUCGGAGAUUAUGACUGGGAGCUACAUCGUCAGAAAUGACAAGCGAGGCCGCGGGUUUCUCAAUUUUUGGGCAUCCGGCGAUACAAACUACACGGGUCUGGUGGGCAGUGAUAACGCCGCUGUACAUAGUACUUUAAUCCGAAAAUACCUCCCCCACCUCGAGGCCGACCUCAAGAAGUGCGAGACGUGGUGGCGGAGCGCUACGGCAUUUUGCCGACUUUUCCUGUAUGAGGUCUGCGUCAGGGAUUUAUUGGAUCAGCAUGAGAUUCCCGGAAUUCAGUUUUUGCCCAAGACCUAUUCCUACGUGAGGGAUGGCUGGCUGACAAACGGGAAAUUCAGCGAGGAUGAUUUUGUCUUUCACAAUUGGAAAAACAGUGUCAAAAACAACCGGAAAGCGUUCGGCGCCUGGGAGUUCCAGUUUGACGACUCGGCUUUCAACGAUUUAAGUUGGUGCAACGACUCCCAAUCGGCCGGCGAGCUGUGGCGGUACAAGGACGGGUUCGCAGUUGGAAAAGAUGUUAUCAGGAAACGAUUGGAUGUCUGGAUCAAAAAUACGGGCACGGAACGAAAACGACAAACUCGGCAGUACCAAACCUUUAACGCCUCUGCGUCAAUUGUGAAGAAUUGCAAA